AUGUUGCGGCUGCACAGCGCCCACUUGUUGUUGCACUUGCUAACGAGUGGCAUGUUGCGUGCUAUUCACCUGCUGAGCCAGCUGCUCGGCCUGAUGGCUGCCACGAGGCCGCCCAGAUUGACGGACGGCCUGGAACGGCUGCAGUGCAGCACCUAUUGGCGUCUGUAUGGCUAUCUAGUCCUGCUGUUCGUAUUGUGCUACUCUCCGUACGCCUUCUACAUUGUGUACACCAGGAUGGAUUUUCUGCGCCAGAAUCGUCUGCUGCUCAUCGUGGGCUGUCAUCGAUACGCGCUGUUGCUGUGCGCGGCUCUCGUCACGCUUUACAGUCACACGACCAGGCAGCUGCGCAUCAUCGCGUGGGUAAAUAGGCUGAUUUGGUAUCGCCACCAGCUAUUUGGGCUGCUGCACACGACCAGGCUGCAGAAGGCGGCACGUGUGCUGCACACGCGUGACCAUUUGACUAUAUACGUCUUGGCGCUGUCCAUUGUGUGCUCCUGCAGCUACACAAUGUUCAUACUUCAGAACGAUCCCAUGGCACAUCGCAGCCCAAUGUAUUUCUGUAGUGUGCUCUUCUUCUACGGCUGCCAGCUGAGUCUCCAGGUGUGCCUGGGACUCUAUCUGCUGGGGCUGCUGCUGAUUAGCCACCUGUCACAUCACUCUAAUAUCCUGCUGGCCCAGAUACUGGCCGAUGUCGUGAACAUUCAGCACGCACUGCUCGCACGCUGCCUGCCCAGCCGCCGGCGCUUGCACGAGGCCCAACAGAAUUGGCUGGCCCUGGAGCUGUGGCGUCUCUGGCGCUUGCAUGGCCAGCUGAUGCAGCUUAGCAGCCGCCUCUGCUCGUUGAAUAGCAUUCAGUUGCUUGCGUUUGUGGUGUUUGCGUCCAUUGAGCUCGUAAUGCAUUCGUUUUUCUCCUACUUUGUGACCUUUAGCCACUGGUGGCUACGCAAAUUUGGCAAACCCGCCCCCUGGAAUCCUCAAGGGACCAUUUUUACCGUUUCCCUGUUUGUGCAGCUCACGCUGGUCGUUGUGCAGACGCAUCGUCUGCGGCAGCUGUUUAGGACGACACGUCGCACUCUGAGAGAAGGCGCCCUGGCGUUGCCCGCCGACUGCAGCAAGGCUCUGAGGCAAACGCUGCAUCUCUAUGGACUCCACCUGCAGUUGAAUGAACGCGUUUUUAAUCUGACCGCCUGUGGACUCUUCGAGCUGAACAACGGCCUCUUAUUUGGCAUAGUGCAAACAAUUAUAAUCUACACAAUGAUACUCAUACAAUUUGAUAAGAUCAUGAACAGAUAG